ACCAAGCUCGACCAAGACCUCAAGAAAAGGAGAGGAAAAUCUCUCAAAACCACCUCCAUUGUUGCAGCACGAGCUCAAGAGAAAUUGGUCCAAAGAAGGAGGUUUGAGAAGGAAAAAGUUAGGAAAAGUGUGAAUAAUUAAGGUUGAAGCUAGGGCUUGCUACUUGCACCUUCUUACGGGUGAUAUCAAUUCAGGAAGACGUGAAAUGGAGGGUAGGCGAAUGGCAACAAGAAAUGACCCUAAGGGACAAGCGUCGGUAGCUUACCUUGAGGCUAGCCGGGCUGUGUCACGAGCCUUUACGGGGAGAGGAAUAGGUCAUGGGGGCCGUGAGGGCCGCCAAGCGGCAAGCGCUAGUCAAGUGGGCUCGAUGUGUAACAUGAACACCAGGAGGGACGAACGUAGGCGUCAGGCUAGACGAGAUCGGGCCACCUCCCAACGUGAUAUGACUGUCAGCCAAACCCAUCCUUGGGCAAACGACCAAGGAGGAGAAAGCACUCUUACGGCACCGGCAUCACCGGUGAAAAAGAAAAGGACCUCAAGGUGGCAUACGUCCUUUCCUUACUCUUUCAGACCAUCCAAAUGUUCGAAUUGCUCUAAGAAACAUUUCGGAAAGUGCAACGAGCCCCCGAUGUGCUACGAAUGUGGGAGCACAACCCAUAUGAAAUUAAGUUGCCCAUGGAGGAGGCAACGAGAGACAUCGCAAGCCAAGGAAGGGCUCACCAUUGAAGGAAACCAUACGGAACCAACGACGAGCAACGCUACGUCCGUCAAUCAAGGCGGGGCCCAAGCAAGGGUCUACGCAAUGGCCGAGGCGGAUGCGUGAGCAAACCCGGACUCCGUUGCAGGUUGAAGCUAGGGCUUGCUACUUGCACCUUCUUACGGGUGAUAUCAAUUCAGGAAGACGUGGUUCGUGCUUCCUUAUUUUCUUUCAAACUACUGAACACUUGCUCAUGGAUAUUUGUUCUACUAUAAACUAUUUUUGGGGCUUGCAUGCCCAUGUUGUUGGCCGGUUGUGGCUUAUGACUUGCCGUUGAAUAUUUCCGCUAUUCAUUGGUUUAAAUGUGAUGUUGUUAUG